UAUAGGAGUAAGUUGACAGGGAAGUAACAGAUCUAUAUUAAGCUCAUUAAGCAACAUAUUUUACCAUGUAAUGGACGAUCGCUGAUUGUACCAUUAGAGAGAAACAUAACUCAAUGAGAACAUUUUUUGCCAGUGAAACAUUCGAAAUGGCAAACGACUCGGACAUUUAGUAUAAAGCAAUGAAUCAAACAAACAUGUAUGACACACCUGAAUACUAUUGACUUCGGAUAAUUGAAUUAUUAUGUUUUAAAAGAGAGUUGUCCUUUACUUACUUCAUCGAUGAAAAACCGAAGGAUGAAUCAGUAGAAGGCAUAGCGAAAUACGAAACUUGAAUACUGGCAGUAUGAAUGAUUUUUUUAUUCCUAUCCGAUUCUUCGCACGUGUUAUGCAUGUGAGGUGCACAUAGAUAACAAAGGAACGAUAAUAGAUGUGACAAGUAAUGAUAUACUUUUUCAUUAACGUAUGAGUCAUAAAUAUAAGUUAUGCGAAACAUUAACAUUUCGAUAGGGUAACAGGGCGACACUGGCAUAAACGUAUUCUGUUUGAUAACGGAUAUAAACAUUUAUUAUUCACAAAAAAAAAAAAAAAAAUUUCGAUUACAUUUGUAGCCGGAAUAAACCUUACGAGAGGCGUUAGGAUUACUACUUGGAAAAGACAUACAGAUAGAAAAUGGACAUUUUAAUUGUCAUCUGAUACAUUUCGAAUUUCGAUAUCAACAAGUGUGCAUAAUUUUAUAAGUUCGCCUAGUACGGACAAUUUACUGAUAACGCCUCCUUCCAACUGCAAUUAUGAAUAGUUCUCCUCCUACCAACCGCGAGUUCUCUUCAUUUUCGAUACCCAGUGGUCAAAUGAACAUGUGGCAGUUCACAUUUGGAGCUGAAAAAUACUGACCAUUUAUUUAUGAAGAGAAAAUAUACAGAUGAUCAUAUUUAUUAGAUAGAUUGGAAUAUCGGUAUCCAUAAAUAAUAAUGGGCUGUUAAUUGGAUACCGUAAAUGUUAUUAUAGUGACAAAAGACAUUAAAUGAAAUUACGGAUAGGUCAGUGAGGUGACAAAUUGACUUCUGUAAACAAAUUACUGUAAUUGUAUACAAAACGUCAAUAUUUCUAUACAGAAUGUUUAUAUGUUAAUUACACGGGAGAUUUAAAGUCCAAAAAUAUUCGACAUGCGACACGCCCAAUGAUCCGUAGAAGAUUACGCCACAUGACUGCAGUACACCUUUAUGAUUGGUCAUUUAUUGAUUUAGGAAUUUCACCGUGAGCUAAAUUUGUCGUCUAUACAGUUGUGUGGGAUUUACCUGUGUGUUUUUGUUUACCUGUAAAAAGUAAAAAUGGCGACACAUCAAAAAUAACCUUCAGAUUUAUGAAUUAUGCUCACAAUAUGGAUUAUUUAUGAAUGUGAAAAAUUAAGGAAUAAUUGUUAUGGAUUUUCAUUUAUGAAAGGUAUAGUAAACAAUACACCUGUUCGACAUACCGCUAAAUUCAGGUAGUCGUUAUCAUCUAUGGAAGGCUCUGGAUCGCUUCCGGACGGGGCAUUUGAAAGAUUUGUUACUUCAGCCCUCGCAGCUAUAAUAACUAUCGUAUUCUCCUGGCGACUUCUUGCAGAAGGUCAGGAAUUGACAGACGGAGAUAUCCGCACAAGAUUCCCCAGAGCAUUAGAAGGGGUAAGAUCACACAAUUCUGACGAUAAAGAAAAACAAGAAUCUGCUGAAUUACCCAUUGAUGAAAAUAUAAGCUCGGUAGAAAACAGCGGAUUGACCUGUUCUCAAAAAUAUGCUACUCUAGACAGUGAAAAAAAUUUAAAGAAAGAUGCAGACGAAACUCCUACAUGGGGAGACUAUAGUUGGGAGGAGGAUAUGUAUGAUACAGUUCACACUCGACGAACUGUAAAAGAUUUUACAUUAAAAAGAACUUCAGACUCCUCGUCGUCUGACGAUAUGGAUCCCGAUAUUCAGUUAAGUCCUAUACCCGCAUCCCACGAAAUGCUUGAGAAAUUGUAUAUGAAUCAAGAAUACCGAAGUAUAGUCGACGACGGACAAACCGAUAGUAGUAGUAGUUCCGACGAAGAUGAAAUGAUCGAAGGUAUUUACGAGCCACCUAAUAUAGAAGAGGAUAUGUUUUAUUCCAGUGGUGGGUUAGAACCUAUCAUGGAAGAGGAUUCAGACGAUUUUAGUGACGAUGAAAAGGAUGAUAUUGUUGAAAAUGAAAACAUAACAUUUGAGGUUCCUACCGACAAUGAGCCCGAAGGAACAAGACAAGAUCUUGUCAAACAUCAAAGUGAUAAAAAUUUAACUUGUACAAGUGACAUAUUAUGUCAAGCUGAUUUAACAGACGAUCAUCAAACUUUACUAGAUAAUUACAUAGAUGAAUGUUUCGAUCAGUGUGACGAAGAAAAUGUCGACGAUUAUGAUUCGGAUAAAAGUUCCGACAGUACUGACAGUUUGCCACCAUCGCCGAUUAUUCGAACUCGUGCUAUUGAUGAAGAAUAUGCAAACUUAUCUGACGAGUCUUGUAGUAGUGGCUCUGUUAUUACCGUUGUAAGCGUCAAAUCUUAUUCGAGCGACACCCCUGAAAUUCAGGUGGUCGAGGAAUCAAACACGCCGACGUCUUUCAUCUAUUCCGACAACGAUACGAGUAUAUCCGACAAUCUGAAUGGAAAAGAUAUAAUCGCUUUUAUACAUGGAAGUGAUGAAAACCCAACAAAUAAUUAUGAUCUUAAUAAAACACCAGAAAAUGACGUAUUGGAAAAGGAAAUUGAAAGUUCGAAUACACCAACAAAUUUAAAUUACGAGGAUUUUAUAAAAGACAUAAAAGCUGUGAGCGAAACUAACAUUGAAAACGAUCAAGAGACACAUGCCGAUGAGCGAAAAUAUGAAACAGACGCUAUAAUAUCAGAGCAAGUACCAAAUCAUGUUGUGGAAGAAUUAAUUUAUCAAACCACAUUUGCAAAUCAAAAAACAGAAUUGCACAUUUCUGAUAACAGUCAGUUUGAUCAAACACCAGAUAAAAAAUUCGAAGAUAGAUUCGAUGAUGACGUCGGACCACGUGAAUACAAUCCAUACGAAGAUGAUUUUGCAGAAUUUGACUAUUGUGAUUCAGAUGACGAUUCGUUUUAUCUUGUUGUUGGUGAAACAAACAAUUUGCCUGAUUUCACAACAUUCAACAAAGCAGAUAACGGUAACUUGCGUAAUUUCGAUACAUUUGAAAAUCUGGACUCUAUCGGAUUAGCUUCUCCUUCACUUCAAAGUCCUUGUGAAUCUGGAUUAUCAGAUGACGGCAGAUUUAUAUUUUCACGGACAGAAGAAAUUGGUACCGAAUACAGAACGCGAGUAUACGUUAAAGAAAGGGAACCUGGGCCGAUUACAAGUAACAUUACCUCACACGAGGCGGAGGCGAAUAUUAAAGAUGUGCGAGUUGUAGAUCCUGAGGUAGAAAAUAAAAACUCUUACAACGAAAGCAAAUUACGAAAUCACGAAGACUUUACUGAGAGUGAUCCUAUAAUUUCAGAUUUAGAGAAUAUUGAACUCUUCAUAGACGAGAGUAAUUUUACGGAAAAUUGCAGCUUGGAGAAAACUGAACAGAAACUUAUUGAUUCUAAAGAGGAUACACAACCAAAUGAAACUUUACCUUCUGAUUCAAGUUCAGACAUUAAUAAUUCACAGUCUCAUUUACUGAAUGAAGCCUGUGGAAUCGAUUCAUCAAUAAAUUCGGGUCUCAUAUCAAGUAACGUGUCAUUAAAGAAUGAAGCAAAAGAUAUAAACGGAAACAGUAGAAUGGAAAGUGAACAAAAGUUUAACGAGGCCGGUCAAGAAAAUAUCGAACGUUCUGAGUUCAUAACUGUAAGUCAGUAUUCAGAGACGAACGCUUCACCAGAUCAAAAUGUUUUAGUUAAUGUUUUAGCAAAUGAUAAAUUAGAAAAUGACAAAUUGCAAGAAAAAGAGGAAUUUGAAAAAUCGUUAGAGCCUUGCAUAGAAAUUUUAUCCAGAGCACACGAUUCAGGGAUUGAUUUAGACUCAGAACAGAGUAAAUCUAAUAGCACAGAAGAAUGUAACAAAAGUCCUCUACAAAACAACAAAUUUCAAAUUUUUGACCUUUUGCAUUCCGUUAAAGGACAAAUUGACAGAUCAUCGGCUGUCAAACCGUCUUUUUUCAAAGGAGGAACCAAAGCUAAAAUUCAACAACAAAAGCAACGAAGCAAAUCAUAUGUGUCUGUUUUACAGCAGCCAAUGUCUCCGGAAGAUACUCGAAGCGUAGCGGUUGUGCUUCCGGAAAAAGCGUUAAAAUUGCCGAAGUCAAGACAGCUAAUUAUUGCUUCUAGACAAAAAUUUCUUAGUGAACAGAAUCUGUUUUCAGAUAAAACGCAAGAACAAUUUCACCAACAUAAAACUUCAUUUGAGGAAGUCGCACAACGGAAACCGAGAUACGUAAGAAGGGGAAACAGUCUGCCAAGGUCAUCAAGAACCCAUAAAAGUUACGACAAACUAGACUUUAACUCAUUAAAUUCUUCUAGGAGUUCUGUAGAAAAACCUGAUAUUUGUGCAUUACAUGAAAAUUGCAUGUUUAAUCCCCAAAAGCAUCAAGAAAUUUUGGAUCGGACACUCUCUAUUGAUAAUUUAGAAUCAAGUCUAAUGAGUUAUGGAUCUGUUACUUCCCUCGUUGAAACUGAUAUUGAUUCGGGUGAAACAACUGAAUAUCAAAUAUUUACUGAUUUUGAACAUGAUUUUGAAUUUCAGUUCCCGUUGCAGAGAACAGCAAGCAUGAGUGAGUUAGGAUCAUUAUCAAAGACAAAGACCAAGAAAGAAAUUAAAAGUCGUUUUAGUGAUCGUAAUGUUCCAAAAUCAAAAAGUUUAUGUACUCUAGAGACUAAUAUUGACGAUGAAAACGAUGAAACCCCACGACCGGGAACACUUGGACGCGUUCCGUCAGUACACGAAUUACGAGUUACAAAAUCUUUGCAAAAGCUUAAUAUCCCUGACUGGUAUAAGAAAUCAAGCGUCUCAAGAAGCGGAAGUACAUGGAGCUUGUAUAGUUCACCGCGCAAAGAUUCGAUUUCGUCAUCAUCAUAUGCAUACCCACCUAGUAUUACCUCGUCACCCUGCCCGUCAGUAAGCUUUGGUUCAAAUUCUGUCGUUAUCAGAACUCGCGUUACGCCUUCAAGCGCUAAAUUAUUUCGAACGCCGAAAUUACAAACCACUCCAGAAAAAUCGCCAACACCGAUAAGUGUUCAAUUACCAAGUGAAAAACUAAGGCAAAAAGACAAGCCUAAGGAUCUGAUGCCAAUACCGAUUGUGCCUUUUUCAAAACUGCGUCUUAUGUUUGAAGAAAGUUCACGAAAAAGAUUGCCUACAGCGCUAGCAACUAGCCCGUCGCCAACAUCCACUACUGCAAAAAGUAUCGAGUCUCCGACAACUCCGAUAUCGCCGUCUUCUGUUACUUCUAUUACUUCGCAAAUAAAAUCAACAGCAGCGCCUGAAAUAUUAGCUACAAAACCAAUUAUUCCCGCGAAACCAAUACUGAAGAAGACGACAGAAAAUAAAAACGUCGGACGUGUCGAACCCGAACCACGCCAGACAGUACCAGUAAGUGUUCAGCCGAUGUCGACGUCACCUCGCAGUGGACGACGCGUAGAGACAACUUUCAAUGGAACUGUCGGACAAGCGGAGAAACCACAGUAUAACAGGAGUUUUGAUGAUGUUGUAAGUAAAAUAGUGAAAGAAUGUCCCAUUUUCACCGGUAGUUCUCAACAUUCCGAUAUGGUAGAAAACCUGCUUACAGUGGACACGCCCAAUAUACAUUGUCAUAAAACAUACACUGGAAUACACAAUGAAAGAGACAACGAAAGUUUACAUAAGAAAUGUAAAUCCUUGGAGGAUGUUAUAGAUGGAUUAUUAGCCAUAGAGAAGAGGUGUAGAUCCUCGGACGAUAUAUUAUCUAGACGGAAUAGUGUCCCGUAUUCACGAGAACUUGACCAUGAUUCAGAAAUAUACAACAAACAUAAUACAUUUAGUUCUAACUCUCAUAAUGAAAUCAAACCAUUGGUUAAGAAUAAUGAUCAUUUCAACAUUGUCCGACAAACUGUAUUUUGUGAAAACUGCCGGGAAGUGACUUAUCUACAAGAUGCUAAGGACUAUUACAUAACUUGUCAUUUUUGUUCAACAUACUACUGUAGCCGUCUUUGUCGAGGAGAGGAUUGGUAUAUUCACAAGUGUUCAUGCAUAUACGGAAGGAUAUCGGAUUUGUGUAAGCGAGUUAUUAAAUUUUGUAACAAAAAUCCAGAUAUGCAGUUUCACCUCUCUCAAAUAGCGCGAAUAGGAUUCUCGGAAAAAGGAAAAGGUUGUGUAAAAUUGACGUUCCGUGAAAGUUGGUCAGGUGAAAGUUUUUGUAACUUUGGACAUUCAUACUUACAAGAGCAACCUACUUAUAUAACUCAACAAUGUUUUAGAGACGACGUACAUGUUAGUCAGGCUUUCGCAGAAUUAAAUACAGCCGUGAAAAACUAUAAUCCUAAUCUAAAGUAUGUCAUACUCGUUUCAGUUUCCAAUCCGACACAAAGUUCGUUUAAUAAAAGUGGAAAUUAUUCCUCCGUUCAAAGAUGUGCCAAAUUGAGACUUUGUCCAAUUAUUAUGCAUCCCAAGCCGGAAAUGGAUUUACAGUCUGUUUUGAUCUUACAUUUUGUAACGACAGUCAAUAGAUACUCAUCUUCAAGUCAAAUGGAUGAUAGACAUGCCCGUGAGAUAUGCUUUAUAAACAUUCAAAGAAUAUUGCGUGAGAGAGGGGUCAUUUUGCGUCAUUGUUAUCCGAAAAUUUAUAGAAAACUGAUUGAUUUUGUUGCAGACGGUAAACGUUUUUCUCCGAUAACAUUUUAUCCUUUUGAUACAAAGAAGAAAAAACAUUAUGUAUGUAUUAUCAUACCAGAAUCGGAUCCGGAAAUAGAGUGGGUUCGGGAUCAAUAUUUAUGUAGUGAAAAUGGUGUGAUGGAGACGUUACACGAAGAUUUUAUUUAUAAUAGAAAUGAUACUUAGAAUCAACUGUUUACCUCCUUGUUGAGUAUACAUAUUAGUGCCAAUAUAAGUUUUGUAAGAGGUGCAAUUUUUCCACAUUAUUGUAUGUUUUAUUUCAUUUGUCUUCUUGAAAUAUUUGGCACGACAUGUUAACUUUUUUUUAUCAUAUUUCCUGCAUUGACACACAUAUUUAUAAAGAGGGUGGUAAAGGGGGGUGCUUGCACGGAAAAAACGUGAAAUAAGACAUAAUUUCUGUCAUGAACGUUGCACGAAAAAUAAAGACUGUUGUGAACCUUUUGUGACUGAGUCACUGUCUUCUUGUAUAUAUAAACUCUCUGUUUUACUUGUUAUUCCCGAUUUAGUAUACACAUUUAUGAUGUAAAUGGUUUACGGCUUUGAAAUAAGUAUUUCUUGACGAUCCCUGCCAAGUAUUUGAAUUUUAUUUGAAAAAUACCGAGCACGCAGAAUAAGCAUUUGAAAAUCACGAUGCACGUAAAGUUAAAUAAGCAGAACACGUUGAACGAGGCACCUGUCUUGCACGACUGAACGUUAAAUAAAAAAGUAAAAACACGUUGAACGUGAAAUAAAAAACGGCGAUCACGUUGCACGAAAAUAACCCUUUACCACCCUCUAUAAAGGUUGCACAGACUCCAAAUUUCAAAUAUUUCCAAUGAGAUAGGAGGUAACUGUUUGAUUGUUACAUUCUAAUAUGAAAAAAAAACAUGAAAAUGAAAACAUAUUAAAUUUUUAUAGUCCCGAUUAUAUAUACAUAUAAUAAUAGUUAUAAAUUCUUAAAGAAGAUAGAGAAGCCACAGUUAGGUAAAGUAACUUAUUCUCCCCCGAGGAACAUGGCAGAGAGAGUUUGUGAUGUCCCCUGCGUCCAAUCUAUAAAAACAACAAUAACAUGGGUUUAAAACUUAUCAACAUAAUAAUUUCUUAUAUUUUUAUUUGGAUCGUCAUAUCAUAUUAACUCAUGUUUAAAAAUAGCCCAAUUUUCUUCUCCGCAUUAUUGUACUGCAGUGUCGUCCAUUUUACAGCUUUUCUUGUUGUCUCCCCUUUAAGUGCAAUCAAGGUGCCACCUUAAAAAACAUUAAGAUUUUAUGAAAUGAACAUUGAACUUUGUCUUUACAUGAACAUUGUAUUUUAUUUGAUAAAAAAAGCGGAAAAUAUAUUUUUAAGAUGUUUAAACUGAUUAUUUUUCUAUACAUUAUACAGUAACAUAUACUUGGUAACGUUUUCUAUACAUUAUACAGUAAAAUACUUGGUAACGUUAGUUGCGUACAUGCAGAUUCUCCAUUACUCUUAUUAAUUUUUUUUAAAAGGAGACCAUUUUAUUACAUUUAUUUAUUAAAUAAUAGAUAUGGACAUGGUUCUUGUAUACUUUAUUUAUUUAUUACAAACCUUACAACAUGCUUUUUAUAUUGCCUUUAAACUUUGACAAUGAUGUAUGUAUAGCUGGGACAACUUAUUAUGUUCAAUAAGAAUUUCUUGUUUAUUAAUCAGUGAGGCCCUUCGUCGAGUUUUGAGUACCAAAUUUUAAGGCUUAUUGCUUCAAGAUUAUUAAUAUUUGAUUAUUUUCCAAAAAUAUUGUAGUAACAGGGAUUCCAUUAUAAAGCUUCACUGUAUGCUUGUUUUACCAAGAUAUACCACAAGUUGGUUGCUUAAGGGAGUAUUUAAAUACUUUACAUAUAUGUUUAUCACAUUGUUUGGUAUUAUUACAGCAAAAGUUGCGAGUUUGUGAUUACUAUUGAGGGGCCUUAUCAUCAGUGAAAUGUACUUUAUUAUAAAGGAACUGGAUGUAUUAAUAUAAAUAAGUGAAACUGGGGAAAACAAGGAGAUCGAAAUCAACAAUUUACUUAUCAUCUUAAUGCAACUACAUGUAAUAACAACAUUAUUUUUUUACUCAUUCUGUAUAAUUAAAUCUGACAAAAAUAUAUAGAAUCUGUCUGAUUAUAUCUUGCAAAAAUAUUUUGAUUCUGUUUGAUUAAAUCUGAUUAAUAAAUAUUGAAUCUGAUAAAAAUAUCGGAUAAUUACUAUACACGUGUUCAGUUUUAAAUUUCAGGUAAAACUUGUUAAAUUGUGUUUUGUAUUUUUUUGCAUAUUGUGCUUGUGUUGUUCAAAGUCUCUUUCAAAGAGAUACCUACGUUAGUAUUAUUACCCCUUAAAUAUGCAAGUUCAGCAUUUUGCUCAGUUGUGAAAGAAAUAGGCUAAAUGUUAUAUUUGUAUCAUGUAUGUAUAUAUUUCCAGUAAACAAUAUUUAUUUUCUGUAAUGAAAACAUUUAUAUGUUCCAUUGUUUUAAAAGAAAUACCGUAAAACUGAUCAUAUUCUAAAUAAAUUGUUACAUACAUA